AUGCCACCCCCGUUCGGACACCCGAGCUACGAGUUCGAGGAGCCAGACGAUUAUGAGCAGAAAGGCGUAGAAGAUUCGAACUAUUUCGGCUUGACCGACAUGGCGUUAUGGUACACCGCCGUGCUUGUGGCCAUGUUGCUCCUCUGGAUGCUCAUGUUCUUCUGUUUAAGGAUCAUUUCGCUGAGUACUGUUGAGUACUCAACAGAUAACGAUGAAAAGACCGAUGAGGUCAUAACGGAGACACUGCAGGACGUGAUCAUAUUUAUCGUGUGCUGCUUCGUAGCUUUGUUGAUUAUCGUGUUCAGUCUUACUGUGAUGCGAAUGCUGCUAUUGUUGGGGCAAAAGACGCGCAGUCCGCAGCAGAGGCGGCAGUACCUGGGGUCUCGGGCGAGACCUUCUAUACCCGAGGCGGACCCAGCUGUCUACGUGAGCCCCGCCAAUUUGCCACCACCACCCAAAUAUGAGGCAAUGGCGCCGCCCAGCUACGACGAGGUGGUGGGAGUCCACUACCCCAAUUUCCAGCAGUCCCAAGUGCAGCCGAUCGCCACGCCGAUAGCGGUGGCGAUGGCGCAGAACGCGACCGCCACCGCUACCACCAGCCCCGCCGCUACCACAGCCGACACCACCGCCAUCGCGUCGCCACCCACCACCCUCACCGUCACAAACGAGCGCGCCCCCGCCGUUACCGCUGUCAGCUCG